GAGGCGCUCUGGGCUCAAUGGACGUCACGCCACGUCGGAGUUUCCCCAGCACAGCUCAGAGGCCUGAGGAGCGAGGAGGAAGAGGCUGAGAGAGCCGAGAGAGACCGGAGCCGGGAGCUCUGCUCAGUUGCCAUGAUCCCAGAUGAAACCCCCCUAUUUGACCCUCAUUUACUGGAGGAGAUUGACUGGAGUCAGAAUACGGUGUCCUUCAACCCUCCUAUCUCGCCGCGGAACCCUGGAGAGCUGCUGGUCCUGAGGCCGCUAUGUACUGCUGAUUUAAACCGAGGAUUUUACAAGGUACUGGGACAACUGACAAAAGUAGGAGAUGUGUCUGCGGAGGAUUUCAUCAAAAAAUUUGAGCACAUGAAGAAGACGGGGGACUACUUUGUGAUCGUGGUGGAGGAUUUGAAUCUCGGACAGAUCGUAGCUACGGCAACUUUAAUUGUAGAACAUAAAUUUAUACAUGCAUGUUCAAAGAGAGGUCGGAUAGAAGAGGUGGUUGUGAGCGAUGAAUGUCGAGGCAAACAGCUCGGAAAAUUGUUAGUAUCUGUUCUUACAUUGCUAAGCAAAAAGCUUGACUGUUACAAAGUUACACUGGAGUGCAAGCCUAAAAACGUUGCCUUUUAUGAAAAGUUUGGCUACAGCUCCUCAGACGAGACCUACAUGCAGUGUCGAUUCUUCGACUAA